UGGCGCUGCUGAUUGGCUGAUUUUCUUCUCCGUUUUGUUUUAAGGCGAGGUAGCACCUCUAAAUCUAAAUGUAGAUUUACCAUGUGCCAAGGAAAGGAUGAACCACUCACUGUAACACCACUUCUUUCGUGCUCGUAUUCUCCAAGCUAACGGCUAUUGCGUGAAGAGAUGCGCCGGUGUUGUGCUUGAUUUGGUUCCCCCGUGAUAUCUUGUUCCCCCUGCCGCGGUAGGGCGCACGCCUUAUUUGGAAAGCGAAAAACCGAUGUCGUACGGCGUCAGCACUAUGUUGUUUUCAACAUUUGGUUAAGCGUUAGCUGCUUUAUAUGAUAUGUACGUGUUUUACGUUAUGUGUUAGGUUAGAGUAAAACGAAUGUAGGCAUAUUGUGUAACGAGGUCCCCCAUUCUUGACACGCGAUCGUACAAAAAAGAAAAGCAUACUCUCUUCUCAGGUAAUUUGAGCUCACACAAACGUGUGUCAGCAGGGAGAGCAGCGAUGCUGUCUGUCACUCACUCGUGAAUCUUCGCGGACGACCAAUCAGCAGCGAACGUUAGAUGGAGGAGGGACUCGAAUUCAGUGACGCAACUUCACGUUCAAGAACGAGUCAGAGGGAUAAUGGUACACUCGCCUGUCUUGUGCGCGUGACGAUGUGUAAGUGUGACCAGGAAAACGACGCAACUUCCCGUUGACGAACGAGUCAGUGACGCGAUUUCUCGUUCACAACCGAGUGUGGUGACUGUUGCCUUGCUUUUCCCAUUCAACAACGGAUCAGUGUGUGGGGAGGGGGGGGCGAACAAUUUGGUGAACGAUUCUUUUGAGUGAACUGAUUCUAAAGAUUCAAUUCACUUAAAAGAACUGGAAUGCUAUGGUGCGCAGAUGCAAUAUGUCGAACGACAAAUUCCGGGUGCCUGCCUCCUCUGGCUUGCCACAACCAAUCAGAGGUAAUCUCUUCGAAUAUUCAUGACAUUUCGCGGGCUUUCUGUACCGCGUGACGAGGCUUCGCGGGAAAGUGAAGGUCUGGCGGAUAGAAGCUCGGGAGGACGCGAGGAGAACAAGCAUAAUGGCUGCGUGGACGAGGGUGACGUGUGACGUGGUUAUGUUUCGCUGAGUGGAGUUUGGGCGAGUUUGUCGUCGAAUAAGAUGGCGCAAAGUUGGUCCAAGGUGGACGGUGCAGUAUCGCUUGGGGUCGUUUAGUGGCGUUUACGUGGUAGUGCCUUUAUCCUUCCUACGAGGAUUCAUCCGAGUCGCAGCACAUGGCCGCGGACAGCCCCGAACCCCUUUCCAGGCGGGGGGACCUGACCUCCAGCCCUGGCAGAGAUUUGCCCCCCUUUGAGGAUGAGUCCGAGGGCCUGCUCGGGGACGUCGCCCUGCCCACAGACGAGGAAGAGGAGGCCGGCGAUGGCGAGGAGCUGAUCGGAGACGGCAUGGAGCGGGACUACCGGGCCAUCCCGGCGCUGGAUCGCUACGAGGCAGAGGGUCUGGACCUGGACGAGGAGGACCUGGUCGAACUUUCUCCGGGAGCCCGGGCGGCUGCUGAGGAGGCCAUGAGGAGGCGCGAUCGCGAGCGGGGCCUCAGCGGGCGCCUCAGGAGAGGCCUGCUUUAUGACAGCGAAGACGAGGAUGACGAGCGUCCGGUAGCGCGGCGGCAGCGCCUGGCCGAGCGGGCGGCCGAGGGCACGGCCGACGGCGAGGAGGAGGAAAUGAUCGAAAGCAUCGAAAACCUGGAGGACAUGAAGGGUCACACGGUGAGGGAGUGGGUGUCCAUGGCCGCCCCCCGCCUGGAGAUCUACAACCGUUUCAAGAGCUUUCUCUGCACGCACGUGGACGAGAGCGGCCGCAACGUCUUCAAAGAGAAGAUCAACGACAUGUGCAAAGAGAACAAAGAGAGUUUGGCGGUGAAUUACGAGGACCUGGCGGCCAGGGAGCACGUACUGGCUUACUUCCUGCCUGAAGCCCCCACCGAGAUGUUGAAGGUGUUUGACGAGGCAGCCAAAGAGGUGGUGCUGGCUAUGUACCCCAAAUACGAGCGCAUCGCCCAGCAGAUCCACGUGCGCAUCUGCAACCUGCCGCUGGUGGAGGAGAUUCGCUCCCUCAGGCAGCUCCAUCUGAACCAGCUGAUCCGGACCAGUGGGGUGGUGAGCAGCUGCACCGGCGUGCUGCCGCAGCUGGCCCUGGUUCGUUACAACUGCAACAAGUGCAACUUUGUACUGGGACCCUUUUUCCAAUCCCAGAACCAGGAGGUCAAACCGGGCUCGUGUCCCGAGUGCCAGUCGCAAGGACCCUUUGAGAUUAACAUGGAGGAGACUGUGUACCAGAACUAUCAGAGGAUCACCAUCCAGGAAAGUCCUGGCAAAGUGGCCGCCGGCCGUCUGCCACGCUCCAAAGACGCCAUCCUGUUGGCCGACCUGGUGGACAGCUGCAAGCCGGGAGACGAGAUUGAGCUGACGGGCGUCUACCACAACAACUACGAUGGCUCUCUGAACAUGGCCAAUGGCUUCCCGGUCUUCGCCACCAUCAUCCUGGCCAACCACGUAGCGCGCCGGGAUGAGGGCAUGGCCGUGGCAGAGUUGACGGACGAGGACGUCAAGGCCAUCGUGGCUCUGUCCAAGGACGAGUGCGUUGGAGAAAGGAUCUUCGCCAGCAUCGCGCCGUCUAUCUAUGGCCACGAGGGCAUCAAAAGAGCGCUCGCUUUGGCCGCUUUCGGAGGCGAGCCCAAGAAUCCUGGCGGCAAGCACAAGGUGCGAGGCGACAUCAACGUGCUUCUGUGCGGCGACCCCGGGACAGCCAAGUCGCAGUUCCUCAAGUAUGUGGAGAAGGUGGCCAGCAGGGCCGUGUUCACCACAGGCCAGGGUGCGUCUGCCGUGGGCCUGACCGCCUACGUACAAAGGCACCCCGUCAGCCGCGAGUGGACGCUGGAGGCCGGGGCGCUCGUGCUGGCUGACCGCGGCGUCUGCCUCAUAGACGAGUUUGAUAAGAUGAACGACGCCGACCGCACCAGCAUCCACGAGGCCAUGGAGCAGCAAAGCAUCUCUAUCUCCAAGGCGGGCAUCGUCACCUCGCUGCAGGCCCGAUGCACCGUCAUCGCUGCUUCCAACCCCAUCGGGGGCAGGUAUGACCCCUCACUGACCUUUGCCGAGAACGUGGACCUGAGCGAGCCCAUUGUGUCACGUUUUGAUGUCCUGUGCGUGGUCCGGGACACAGUAGACCCUGUGCAGGACGAGAUGCUGGCUCGCUUUGUGGUGGGUUCCCACGUCAAACACCACCCCGGCAACAAGGAAGCAACCUCGGAAGAGGUGAUCCUGCCCAACUCGUCCAACGUGGCGCCAAUCUCUCAGGAGCUGCUCAGGAAGUACAUCAUCUACGCCAAGCACAGGGUUCAUCCCAAACUCAACCAGAUGGACCAGGACAAGGUGGCGCGCAUCUACAGUGACCUGCGCAAGGAGUCUAUGGCAACGGGCAGCAUCCCAAUCACGGUGCGCCACAUCGAGUCGAUGAUCCGCAUGGCGGAGGCGCACGCAAAGAUGCAUCUGCGCGACUACGUGAUAGAGGACGACGUCAACAUGGCUGUCCGCAUCAUGCUCGAGAGCUUCAUCGACACGCAGAAGUUCAGCGUGAUGCGCAGCAUGCGCAAGACCUUCUCCCGCUACCUGGCGUACCGCAAGGACAACAACGAGCUCCUGAUCUUCAUCCUCAAGCAGCUGGCGGCGGAGCGCGUUUCCUACCAGAGGAGUCGCUACGGAGCCCAGGAUGAUGCUGUGGAGAUACCCGAAAAGGACCUGCAUGACAAGGCUCGUCAGAUCAACAUCCACAGCCUGUCAUCAUUCUAUGAAAGCGAGCCCUUCCGCGCCAACAGGUUUGUGUACGAUGGCAAGAUGAAGCUCAUUGUGCAGCAGUUCUGAGGCGGGCCAGGGGGGAAAACAAGCAACCUGUAAAUAAGUGUACAUGUUCGUCCAUUCACCUUGUUCGCAAUUAAAGGUGACUUUGUUGCACGCA